UGAGGGACUUUUUGUGUCUAAUUUGAGGUGUUGGCACAUGUCCAGUCUCUCACCAGUGAGCUCUGGGAAGGUCCUUUGAAAGGUUUAAUGAGACAUCUCUGCACAGGGUUUUCUUCAGACCUCAGCCGAGCUUUUGUUUCCGAGAUGCACUGGCUCUCUCUUUGCUGUUGGAUGUUUGAAAUCCAAAUGAUUAUUUGCCUUGCCUCUGCUGAUAACAAGAGGUAAACGACUGUUGAAUUCUGGACUCAUACCUACCACCACGUGGAAUUGUAAAAGGGUCUUUGAAACCCCUGACAAACGAAGCAGGAGGGUUUUGAGAACUACAGGACAGCGGGGCAGUGUGUAAAGCCUUGUACCUGGUCUGCCCUUUGGAAGCUCGUGCCUUUCUGAACUAAAACAUUUUUGCAACGAAAUGUUAACUCGGGAGAGGUGAGAGAUGAAACGGAGGCCAAGAAUGCUUGUAAAAUGUAACUGCUGUCUUGACAAUGCAAUGCAUCAUUACAUUAAUACUUACAAAAUAAGAGGAGGAACGUUCAAACCAUUUUCCAGAAAUCUCUGUCAACGUUUCACCAAUAAGUACGGGGAUGGGGAAUGCCUUCACAGGUGUGCCGCAGGAAAUUCUUACUCAUAGUAGCGUGCCUUGGGCUGGAAACGGUUGGGAAACACUGCCUUAGAGGGCUCUGACCUUGGCCCAAACAGUGCUCAGAUGGCAGGAAUAAAGUCGUGCAUAUUAUUUGGUCAAGAUUUGUCUCUCUCUUAUGCUUGCUAAAAUCAAGAGUAAUUGCAUCUGAAAAUCCUUACAAAGUUUGCUUUCCAGAGUCGCAUGGAUCAUCAUAACAACCCGCAAAGCACCUGCACAGGUGGAAGGGACAGAGCGGCAAUGCACCUAAAGCUGCGGGCAGAUGGGCUCUGUGGCCCUAUUUCUGGCGAGGGAAGAGUCGGUGCGGCAACCUGGUAGAUGAAGAGAGCCAAACACCACCAUGGGGGGACCUCUGUUAGGACUCUGCCUUUGGGGCAUCCAAAGAAGAUUUGGGGGGCGCUCAUACAUGAGAAACCUUCAGAGCAGAUCAUGUUUUUAGAAGACCCCUUUCCGGGCUGAGCUUGCAGGACCUCUAGCAAGACCCAGCAUCCACGCACAAAAUAUGGAUAGGGGGAAAAAAACUGGUUAAGUUGGACAGUUUCUCUCAUAGUUGCCACAGAAUUUUCCCUCCUGAACGUGUUCUUUGUAGAGCAGAAUUGCAAGUGCCUCGAAACAAUGGCAUCGGGACUCGUGGAGGUGAUGUCUUUUAUUGGGUGGGCCAACUAGAUUUUUGCAAAAAAAAUUAAUUGCUUUUUUUUUUUUGUGUGCCAAAGUCUAGCUGGCUCAAUAAAAGAUACCACCUCUCCCACACGUCCCGAUUCCUUCUUCCUUUAGACCAAUACGGCUACAACCUGGAUACUCGAAACAACGGGACUUUGCAGCUAAUUCCACUGUGCAUCCAAACGUGCAUGGCUCGGAUUUGGCGCUCACGGUUUCUCCGUUGCGUAAGGCGCGGGCCAGGGCCUCGGGUCCGAUGCAAGCAGUGGACACGAGCAGGAUUACUGAUGCGAGCCAAGGCUGCAGGACUGGGCCCGGAAGCAGGGGUCCUUGGCGCCGGGAGAGGAUGGACUCCGCUUCCCAGUGCUGGAAAGGACGCUAAAGCGCCGCCACCAAAGUCUGCUGCGAGUUUGCUGAAAGGGAACAGAAUGGCUGUCAAGGAGAAGCUGGAGGCAGUACUAAACGUGGCCCUGCGGGUCCCUAGCAUCAUGCUUUUGGACGUCUUGUACAGAUGGGAUGUCAGCUCCUUCUUCCAGCAGAUCCAAAGAAGUAGCCUCAACAACAACCCUCUCUUCCAGUACAAGUACUUGGCCCUUAAUAUGCAUUAUGUGGGUUACAUCUUGAGUGUUGUGCUCCUGACCCUACCGAGGCAACACCUGGUUCAGCUCUACCUGUACUUUCUGACAGCGAUGCUGCUGUAUGCUGGGCACCAGAUCUCCAGGGAUUAUGUUAGGAGUGAACUGGAAUCUGGGUACGAAGGGCCAAUGUAUUUAGAACCUCUCUCCAUGAACCGUUUCAUGACCGCCUUAAUAGGUCAGCUGGUGGUGUGCACGCUGUGCUCCUGCGUCAUGAAAACCAAACAGAUCUGGCUCUUCUCUGCUCACAUGCUCCCUCUGCUGGCACGACUCUGCCUGGUCCCGCUGGAAACCAUCGUCAUCAUCAAUAAGUUUGCCAUGAUUUUCACUGGCCUCGAAGUUCUCUAUUUUCUCGCGUCCAACCUGCUGGUGCCGUAUAACCUGGCAAAAUCUGCCUACCGAGAGCUUGUCCAGGUGGUGGAGGUCUACGGGCUCCUGGCGCUGGGGAUGUCUCUCUGGAACCAGCUGGUGGUCCCCGUCCUGUUCAUGGUGUUCUGGCUCGUCUUGUUCGCUCUGCAGAUCUACUCCUAUUUCAGUACGCGGGAUCAGCCGGCCUCCAGAGAGAGGCUUCUCUUCCUCUUCCUUACAAGCAUUGCAGAAUGUUGCAGCACCCCGUACUCACUGCUGGGCCUCGUGUUCACCGUCUCCUUUGUUGCUUUGGGAGUUUUAACGCUCUGCAAGUUCUACUUGCAGGGCUACCGAGCGUUCAUGAAUGACCCCGCUAUGAAUCGGGGGAUGACGGAAGGAGUCACGCUCCUGAUCCUGGCCGUGCAGACCGGCUUGAUCGAGCUGCAGGUGGUGCACCGGGCGUUCCUGCUCAGUAUUAUUCUCUUCAUUGUGGUUGCAUCCAUCCUGCAGUCCAUGCUGGAGAUUGCUGAUCCCAUUGUUCUGGCACUGGGGGCUUCAAGGGACAAGAGCCUGUGGAAGCAUUUCCGUGCGGUCAGCCUGUGCUUGUUCCUGCUGGUGUUCCCAGCGUACAUGGCCUACAUGAUCUGCCAGUUUUUCCACAUGGAUUUCUGGCUGCUGAUCAUUAUCUCCAGCAGCAUCCUCACCUCGCUCCAGGUCCUUGGGACGCUUUUCAUUUACGUCUUGUUUAUGGUGGAGGAGUUCAGAAAAGAGCCAGUCGAAAACAUGGAUGAUGUGAUUUACUAUGUAAACGGUACGUACCGGCUGCUGGAAUUCCUCGUGGCGCUGUGCGUCGUGGCCUACGGCGUCUCGGAGACCAUCUUCGGGGAGUGGACUGUGAUGGGCUCCAUGAUCAUCUUCAUCCACUCCUAUUACAACGUGUGGCUGCGUGCCCAGCUGGGGUGGAAGAGUUUCCUUCUCCGCAGGGAUGCUGUGAAUAAGAUUAAAUCGCUGCCCACUGCUACGAAAGAGCAGCUGGAGCAACACAACGAUAUCUGUGCCAUCUGCUACCAGGAUAUGAAAUCUGCUGUAAUCACACCGUGUAGCCAUUUCUUCCACGCGGGCUGUCUUAAGAAAUGGCUGUACGUGCAAGAGACCUGCCCUUUGUGCCACUGCCAACUUAAAAGCCCCUCGCAGCUCCCGGGACAGGGACCGGAGCCAGUUCAACAGCCAGACCCUGCAGUGGAGCAGAACAGGAGUCAUCGCGAAGCGAACGAGCCCCAGGGUGUCGCACACAGCGAGGGGCCAGAUAUGCAAGACAGCCUUAGUGCCAGUGAUGGACAAGGGGUGGAGGAGCCAGCUUGCCAAGAGGACUCUGUGGACCCUGUAGAGGAUGCUCAGAGUCGAGAUUGUGGCCUGUGGCCUGCGGAGGCCAGGCAGGGGAUGCCUAUUGCAAAAGAAAUUGCGCUGGAGGAUCAAGAGGAGUCUCCCACCCCAGACCCACGGGCUUGUGUCCAGAUUUGAAGCGACAGUGGAUGAUGCUGGAGCAGACGCGUUUCGGAGACCCAAGCCUGACUCAACAGAGAACUUGUCCUUCCGCUGUCGUGAUACAGUUUAGCAAUUAUUGCUGGUCAAGAUUGUACUUCGAAUAUCCUAUGCUGAUUACCGGUGGGCUGCUUGGUAGGGGGGGAUGCCAAGGGAACUCAACUAAAAGGACUCCAGAAGCUGCCUCUGGAUUGUGAGGGGAGGAAGAGC